AUGAUUAGAUCUCUAGUUUAAAUAGCCAAGAAAUCAGAUACUUAGUCACUUGUUUUUACACAAGUUUACUUCAAAACUCAAUAUAUCAGAUAGCCCAAAUUAAAAUUUAGAACUUGCGUUCCCAUAUAUCCACCUCCUGGUUUAAAUUUAGAAAUUCCAGAUUGGGAUAAAGAACUUUUCUUAAAGAGAAUUGGAGGUGGUACUUCUGAAUAUGCUGAUAAAUUUGAUAAUUUAUAAGAAAUCUUUACUUCCACAUCAAAAUAAAUGGCUGAUAAAGGAGUUCCCCCUAAAGCUAGAAAAUAUAUCUUAAGUAUGAAGGAAUAACUUAGAAGAGGUGUUGUUACAUUUGAGUAUUUGAGUAGAAGAACUUGCCUUGAAUAAUUAAAAGAUUGA